AUGUAUUUUAAGGCGAUGUUUACUGCUUUUAUGAUCUUUAGCUUUGCUCUUGGGAUCGCUAAUUGCCAAUCCCUUAAUGUCACUGAUUUCGGAGCUGUUGGUGAUGGAAAAACAGAUGAUUCGCUGGCUUUUUUGAAAGCUUGGAAGGCUCUUUGUGCAGCAACUAAUACACCAAAUCCAACCUUGGAAAUCCCUUCGAACAAAACUUUUUUGUUGAAGCAAGUUCAAUUCUCCGGUCCUUGCAAGUCAAAGAGCAUUCACAUUCAUGUCCUCGGAAAUAUUGUUGCACCAAACAAUAAUACUUGGACAAAAUGUGAUAAUGGUUGCUGGUUGUGCUUCUCAAAUGUAGCUGGUCUUACCGUCGAUGGACCAGGACAAAUCGAUGGCAAGGGUGCUGCCUGGUGGAAUAAAGUUAUCUCUUUUCACAAAUGUGAUAAUCUUAAAGUGCAUGGGAUCACCUCUUUAAACAGUCCAGGGAAUCACGUUAGCCUGAAUGGCAGCAAGGACGUGAAUAUCUCACAUAUUCAACUAAUUGCACCCAAAGACAGUCCUAACACCGAUGGGAUCGACAUCUCUGCAUCCUCUUCACUCCAAAUUUCAGAUUCUUUCAUUGGAACUGGAGAUGACUGUAUCGCCAUCAAUGGUAGUACCUCCAACCUCAACAUCACAAGUAUUGCAUGCGGUCCUGGUCAUGGAAUCAGUGUGGGAAGUCUUGGGAAAAAUGGAAAAUUCGAAACGGUGGAAGAGGUACAUGUGAGGAAUUCUACCUUCAAUGGAACACAGAACGGAGCCAGAAUCAAGACAUGGACGGGAGGCUCUGGGUUUGCAAGGAAUAUUUCCUUCGAUGGCAUUCAACUUGUCAACGUUCAAAACCCUAUCAUUAUUGAUCAACAUUACUGUCCUCACAAAACUUGUCCACGAGAAGGGAAAUCAGCUGUAAAGAUAAGCAACGUGACGUUCAGUGGGUUUCAAGGGACGUCUGCGACUGACGUUGCUAUCAAACUGGAUUGCAGUAGCAUCGUUCCUUGCACUGAUAUAACUCUGAACAACAACACCAUAACUUCGUCAACUCCAGGAAAGAAUGUUACAUCUGAAUGCAAUAAUGUUCGAGGAUCUUCUACCCUGACCAAGCCUAUCGUUCCUUGCUUACCACCCAAAUCAAGAGAAAAUUAUUAUGGAAAGUGGAAGGGACGACGUAUCUGA